AUGGUCGCUCACUCUAAAGUUGCUGUUAUUGGUGCCGGUGCCGUUGGUGCCUCCAUCUCCUAUGCUUUAAUGUUGAAAGACGUUGCUUCCGAAGUCUUGUUGGUGGAUGUCGUUCCCGACAUUGUAAAGGGUCAAACGCUUGAUUUGAGUGACGCCGCUUGCGUCUCUUCCACACGUCCACGAGUGGCUACACCCAAAGAAGCCGGCCAAGCCGAUAUUAUUGUCAUCACGGCUGGUGCUAACCAGAAAGAAGGCGAAUCUCGCGUUCAAUUAGUCGAUCGUAACUACAAGAUUCUUCAGUCGGUCAUUGGCGGUAUGCAACCUAUUCGCAAAGAUGCGAUCAUCAUCCUUGUCGCCAACCCCGUCGAUGUCUUGACCCAUAUUGCUCAAAAACUCUCGGGUCUUCCUCAACGCCAAGUGUUUGGCUCGGGCACAUAUCUUGACUCGACUCGUCUUCGUAGCAUGCUGGCUGAUACGCUUAAUGUAAACGCAACCUCUGUUCACGCUUACGUGUUGGGUGAACACGGUGACUCUCAGUUCAUUGCAUGGAAUGCGGCUUCGGUCGCUGGUAAACCUCUAUUGUCGUUCCCUGAGGUGCAACAGAUGGAUAAGGAAGCCGCUCGCAAGACGAUCGCUGGCAAAGCUUAUGAGAUCAUCAAGUUGAAGGGUGCCACUUACUAUGGUAUUGGUGCUUGUGUGGCUGAUUUAUGUGAAUCGGUGCUCUUCAACAAGAUGCAAGUGCGUCCUCUUUCGGUAUUUGUUCCCAAUUUGGGUGCCGUUCUCUCCAUGCCAGCCAAGUUUGGUGGCAACGGUAUCGAAGAAAUUUAUGAAAUCCCCUUGACCAAGGAAGAACAAGAUCGACUUCAAGCUUCGGCCACGACCAUGAAGGACAUUAUGGCCAAAUACUAA